UUCUAGCGGGCGGCAACUUUGCCUUAACCGCCCGCCAGACCUCAACCAAUUGAAACCUCCAACACAUACCUCCUCUCCAAUCACCGCCAAUAACCACUGCAGCAACUCAAACCACUGCUAGCUCGAAUUGACGCCAACUCUUCUCGCGUCCAGUAUUUUCGUUUCGCGUCUCUCUCCUUCGAUCUCGACUGUUCUUCGUUCGCAGUUUCUAACUUUUUGGUCAAGUGGAAUUGCUUUGAACAAUGGUGUUCUUCAGAAGCGUUUCUGCGCUUUCUAAGCUACGUUCUCGUGUUGUUCAACAAUCAAGUUUUAACAACUCUGUACGAUGGCUUCAAAUACAAACCUCUUCUGAUCUUGACCUUCAUUCUCAGCUGAAGGAAUUAAUUCCAGAACAACAGGAGCGCCUGAAGAAAAUGAAGUCUGAGCAUGGAAAGGUUCAACUGGGGAACAUUACAGUUGAUAUGGUACUUGGUGGAAUGAGAGGAAUGACAGGUUUGUUGUGGGAAACCUCAUUACUUGACCCUGAAGAGGGCAUAUGCUUUCGGAAUUUGUCAAUACCUGAAUGUCAGAAGAAGUUACCAGCGGCAAAGCCUGGUGGGGAGCCAUUGCCUGAGGGUCUCCUUUGGCUCCUUUUAACAGGAAAGGUACCAAAUAAAGAGCAAGUAGAUACAUUAUCCAAGGAAUUACGAAGCCGUGCCACAGUUCCAGAUCAUGUGUACAAAGCUAUUGAUGCCCUUCCUGUUUCAGCUCAUCCAAUGACCCAGUUUGCAAUGGGUGUCAUGGCUCUUCAGGUACAGAGUGAAUUCCAGAAAGCAUAUGAGAAGGGGAUCCAUAAAUCGAAGUUGUAAGUGUGGUAGGUAGAG